AGCCUCCUCCCCAGGCUCCUCGAGGAACCUUCCCCAGCUGUUGCUCCUGCUGCCUCAUCAGCCUCAGAGACUGAACUUGCCUCUUCCCGUAUGGAUCUUUCCCAGAUGUGAAAGUUUCUCCCUGGCACUACCGAGGCCCUAGACCAUAGCUAGUUGCUUGGGGACUCUGGUCCAGCUCAGCCCAGGCCCUGCCAGAAGAGAGUCCUUGCUGCCUCUGCUUCCCAGGGCAGGACUGUCAGGUGAGCGUUGGGCCACCAGAGGGCGCCCCUCUGAGGCAGAAAGGGCUCAAGCUUCCUUGUUCUCUCACUCCCCUAGGACCCUCCCCUCCUCCGACUCGACUUGGGUUAACUCAUGGUGUGUGUGGUCUCGGGUCUGGUGUAGGUAUUUGGACAGUGCACGCCCGGUCCUCCCCUCUCUGCUCGUCCUUGACCUUUGAGAAGCGUCUCAACUCCACGAUGGCAGCGGAGACGCUCAACUUUGGGCCUGAGUGGCUGAGGGCCCUGUCGAGUGGUGGCAGUGUGGCCUCUCCACCUCCAUCCCCUGCCAUGCCCAAAUACAAGCUGGCCGACUACCGCUACGGGCGAGAGGAGAUGCUGGCCCUCUAUGUCAAGGAGAACAAGGUCCCCGAGGAGCUGAGGGACAAGGAGUUCGCCGCGGUGUUACAGGAGGAGCCAUUGCAACCUCUGGCCCUGGAACCUCUGACUGAGGAGGAGCAGAGAAACUUCUCCCUGUCAGUGAACAGUGUGGCCGUGCUGAGGCUGAUGGGGAAAGGGGCUGGGCCCCCUUUGGCUGCCACCUCCCGUGGCAGGGGCAGCACACGGAGCCGAGGCCGUGGCCGUGGGGACAGCUGCUUUUACCAAAGAAGCAUUGAGGAAGGCGAUGGGGCCUUCGGACGCAAUCCCCGGGAGAUCCAGCGAAGCCAGAGCUGGGAUGACAGAGGUGAGAGGCGGUUUGAGAAGUCUGCAAGGAGGGACGGAGCACGAUCUGGGUUUGAGGAGGGAGGGGCUGGCCCGAGGAAGGAGCACGCACGCUCAGACAGUGAGAACUGGCGUUCACUGCGAGAGGAGCAGGAGGAGGAUGGCAGCUGGAGACUCGGGGCAGGACCCCGACGGGACGGUGAUCGCUGGCGUUCUACCAGCCCUGAUGGCGGUCCCCGCUCUGCUGGCUGGCGGGAGCAUGGGGAGCGGAGGCGCAAGUUUGAUUUUGACUUGCGAGGGGAGCGAGGAGGGUGUGGUGAAGACGACGGGCGGGUUGGGGGAGGCAGCUCCCACCUCCGGCGAUGCCGGGGCCUCGAUGGGUUUGAAGAGGACAAGGACGGGCUCCCUGAGUGGUGCCUGGAUGAUGAAGAUGAGGAGAUGGGGACUUUCGACGCCUCGGGGGCCUUCUUGCCCCUUAAGAAGGGCCCCAAGGAACCGAUUCCCGAGGAGCAAGAGCUUGAUUUCCAGGGCCUGGAGGAAGAGGAGGAGGAGCCUUCCGAGGGGGUAGAUGAAGAGGGGCCUGAGGCAGGGGGGAAGGAGGUGACCCCAUUGCCUCCUCCAGAGAAGUCUAGCUCCCCGUCUUCACUGCCUGCCUUGGGCCCUCUCUGGACGACGCAGGAGGAUGGUGAUGAAGCAGUGGAGAAAGAGCUUCCGCCCGCUGAAGGAGACGAGAUGAGGGGACUGUCCCUGAGCCCUGGAGUCGGCUCACCUCCUGGCCCACCUGGAGAUCUGGAAGAUGAAGAAGGCUUGAAGCACCUGCAGCAGGAGGCAGAGAAGCUGGUGGCCUCCCUGCAGGACAGCUCCCUGGAGGAGGAGCAGUUUACGGCUGCCAUGCAGACCCAGGGCCUUCGCCACUCCACAGCCGCCACUGCCCUCCCCCUCAGCCAUGGCGCUGCCCGAAAGUGGUUCUACAAGGACCCACAGGGGGAAAUCCAAGGCCCGUUCACGACCCAGGAGAUGGCGGAGUGGUUCCAGGCCGGCUAUUUCCCCAUGUCACUCCUAGUGAAGAGGGGGUGUGACGAGGGCUUCCAGCCUCUGGGAGAGGUGAUCAAGAUGUGGGGCCGCGUGCCCUUUGCCCCCGGGCCCUCGCCACCCCCGCUGCUGGGGAACAUGGAUCAGGAGCGGCUGAAGAAGCAGCAGGAGCUGGCUGCCGCGGCCCUCUACCAGCAGCUGCAGCACCAGCACUUUCUGCAGCUGGUUGGCAGCCGCCAGCUCCCGCAGUGCACGCUCCGGGAAAAGGCAGCUAUGGGGGACCUGACGCCGCCGCAGCAGCAGCAGCAGCUCACAACCUUCCUGCAGCAGCUCCAGGCUCUCAAAACCCCCAGGGGUGGGGACCAGAACCUGCUCCCGACGAUGAGCCGGUCCUUGUCGGUGCCAGAUUCAGGCCCCCUCUGGGACUUACAUACCUCAGCUUCAUCACAGUCAGGUGGUGAGGCCAGUCUUUGGGACAUACCAAUUAACUCUUCGACUCAGGGUCCAAUUCUAGAACAACUCCAGCUGCAACAUAAAUUUCAAGAGCGCAGAGAAGUGGAGCUCAGGGCGAAGCGUGAGGAAGAGGAGCGCAAACGCCGUGAGGAGAAGCGCCGUCAGCAGCAGCAGCAGCAGGAGGAGCAGAAGCGGCGGCAGGAGGAGGAGGAGCUCUUCCGGCGCAAGCAGGUGCGGCAGCAGGAACUGCUGCUGAAGCUGCUACAGCAGCAGCAAGCCACGAAUGUCCCUGUGCCCCCUGCACCCAGCUCCCCGCCCCCACUCUGGGCUGGCCUAGCCAAGCAGGGUCUGUCCAUGAAGACUCUGCUGGAGCUGCAGAUGGAGAGCGAGCGGCAGCUGCACAAGCAGCCUGCACCCCGGGAGCCUCUGCGGGCCCAGGCCCCCAACCACCGAGUGCUUGGGGGCUUGGGCACUGCCCCUCUGAACCAGUGGGUGUCUGAGGCUGGGCCACUGUGGGGCGGGCCAGACAAGAGUGGGGGCAGCAGCAGUGGCAGCCUGGGACUCUGGGAAGACACCCUCAAGAGUGGCGGGAGCCUGGCCCGGAGCUUGGGCCUAAAGAACAGUCGGAGCAGCCCAUCUCUCAGUGACUCGUACAGUCACCUGUCAGGUCGACCUGUUCGCAAAAAGACAGAAGAGGAAGAUAAGUUGCUGAAGCUGCUCCAGGGCAUCCCUCGGCCCCAGGACGGCUUCACCCAGUGGUGUGAGCAGAUGCUACACACCCUGAGCACCACAGGCAGCCUGGAUGUGCCCAUGGCUGUAGCGAUCCUCAAGGAGGUGGAGUCCCCCUAUGAUGUCCAUGAUUAUAUCCGUUCCUGCCUGGGGGACACGCUGGAAGCCAAAGAAUUUGCCAAACAAUUCCUGGAGCGGAGGGCCAAGCAGAAAGCCAGCCAACAGCGGCAGCAGCAGCAGCAGCAACAGCAGCAGGUGGAGUCUUGGGGGACCUGGGGAGGCAGGGUGCCCAGGACUCUCCUGACUCCACGCUCUCUUGCCUUAGGAGGCCUGGCUGAGCAGUACCUCCCUACAGACAGCCUUUCAGGCCAACCACAGCACCAAACUGGGCCCUGGGGAGGGCAGCAAGGCCAAGAGGCGGGCGCUGAUGCUACACUCAGACCCCAGCAUCUUGGGGUACUCCCUGCACGGCCCUUCCGAUGAGAUCGAGAGCGUGGAUGACUACUGACCAGCCUGUCCCACCAGCCCCCUGGGCUUUAGGCUUGGGUGGCGGCGGCGGCCUGGACCCUUGGGUCUCCAGCCUGCAGGCUCCCAAGCAGGAGCAGAG